AUGGAAAAGCUGCACUCAUUAGAAACAAGCCUUCCGCCGGAACAACCUCCAACCAAACAAGCUAUAGAUUCACUUAAUAAUGAACUGUCACAAGAAUUCAAAGUAGCUGCUAAUGCAGUCACUAGAUUAUAUAGAGUAGCCAAUGAAAAAAACUCACUGGUAAAACAUCAAGGUUAUAUUGAGUGCCUUGAUGAUAUUUUAAACUGUGUGGAGAACUCCACAUUCAAUUCACUCGAAGAUUUACGAUUAUGGUGUUCAAGACAGAAGAGUGACCGAAUAGGGACAAAAGGAACGAGUAAGGUUGAAUCUAAAAAUGAAAUAAAUCCAUAUAAUUUUAAAUUUGAGGAAAAGAAAAAUAUUAAUUCUCCUAAAUUUCGACUAUCAAUGCCACCACUCAGUGUAGAGCACUCGCAACCAUCGGAAAAUCACGGCCGUUACAAAACAAGGUUAAAAAACCAUGUUGACAUCAAUAAAAAUGAUACGAACAUAUCAAAUCCAACCCAAAUGGAUUCCAAUAUUCUAGAUUACGAUAAUGUGAAUUCAAAUAUAAAGUCACAACAGUUAUCUCGCUUUAAUCUUUCCCACAUGAUAUCCCCACCAGAUUCCCAAGCUAGGACUCUCAAGAAGAUAAAAUUAGAUAACAAUAACAAAAUAUGA